UUCUUUUUUGGCAGAUAACUCAAAACAAUGUAUGAAUGAGUGCGAUGCACCUUAUUGCAAAGUACAGUGUUUAGGUCACGAAGGGCAGGCUAUGUGUCACGGUCCAUAUUGCACCGCAGCAACUAGAGGCGAUAAAUCCAAAGCUUUGUGUGAUGGUGCGGAAUGUAAUGCGACUUGCUUCGAAAAUCAAUGUAAUUCAGAGUGUUUCGGAGGAAUAUGUAAAACUGUUUGUGAAGGCAACGAGUGCAAAUCAGCGUGUGAUGGAAUUCUUUGUCAGUCUAUGUGCGAAGGUGGGUCCUGCACGUCUGGAUCACUUGGAGACAACUCAAUAGCUGGAUGUAAAGGAGGCACCUGUGAUGCAGAAGCCAAAGGAAAACAAUCCGUCGCUUCGGUAAGAUAA